GCCGUGUUUUUUUUUUGGACGAUAACAUUGAAUUCGCUAGAAUGUGUGUAAAAAACUUACAUGGAAAAAUCGUAAAAUAAAGUUUUAAUCAUGCACAAAAGAACUUAGAAAGAAUUGUUUUCAUUUCAACUGGCCGGGAAAUAGACACCUCAUCAGCUUAAUACAAGGAAUCACUCAAGGAAACUUAUAACAAGAGCAAAAUCAAAAGGUGUGAACGGUUUGCAGUAAAAGUGAAAAGUCUGUAUCACGAAUAUGUAUCUGUAUCUCUAAUAAGUGCAGUAGUUUUCCUAAUGCGAAUUCUUAGUCAAGAUUGUUGUAACAGCAUAAGGGGCUAAGUAAAUCUCGGAAAUUUAUAUCAAGCGGUCGAAUACUCCCAGUAUGUAUGUAGUGUUUUGGGUCUAUAUGCAAUGACCGCUCGUCGGCCGUUGUCGUUUGGAACAUCCUUCUAUACAUUGUUUUUGGUAUACAUAUAUGUUGUGUGGUGACAGAUAGAAAAUUAUUGCCCCGGAAAGAUAUAAUUGCUGUUUGACUGUUUGUGACGACUUAAGCCGGAAUAUGGAAAAGCAAGAGGUAUUAAAUUACAUGGAAAGCGUAAAUGCUGGAGCAGCGGUAGUGCCGCCGGCACCGCCUCAAUUGAUGGAUGCUGCUUUACAAUACGGAAUGUAUGGCAUGUUGGGUCAUCCACUUGCUGCUGGAAUUGGAGAGAUGCCUGCACCAGUCAAUGUAGAGAAUAGUAUCCAAAUGCAACAUCAAAUAUCCCUUCAAGAGCAGCAGCAACAGCAGAGUCAACAUCUUCAGCAGCAGCAGCAGCAUAUAGAACAAACACAAACGCAGCCACUGCAACACCAACCUCAUUUGGAACAACAACAAAAAGAGCAAGAGCUUACAUCGCCGCCUUCCCAAAAUCAAAAUCAGGAACAGAUAGCAGGCCCCCAUGAUAUUUCAUCAACGGCCGCCGUUGAUUCCAAGGAAAGCCAUGAUACUCCUAUUGCACCUUCCUCAAACACCACCCCCAGCAUGGAUACCCUAGACUCUGCCGAAAGCCAAAAGCGUAAAAAUUCCAUGCAGGCAAAUGACAAUAGUUUGUUGGUCAAAAAACAACAUCUUAACCAAAUGGCCGAAGAAAAGGAAAAAGAAAAGAAAAAAUCAAGUUUGCGAAAAAAUAUUCGUGAAGUAAUGGACACCAAUCAGUUGGACACAAACACCUUGAAAGCUCAACAUGAGGAAUCUGAACGUUUGGCUCGCAUGGCCGAACAACAGAAACUUCUGCGAGAGUAUCAACAGAGAGAAGCAGUAUUAACGCAUUUCGAUAGGUUUGUCAAUGAGCAUCGGGUAAAAGACCCGGCAGAUCUUCUGCUCGACGACAAGAAAAAGGCGGCCAGUAUUAAGAGCAGUAAUCAUCAAGACCAGACAGCGGGGAUAAAAGAUGAUGUUGAACUAGACGACGAGGAUGAGGCCAAGAAAAGUCCUGCUGAUUCAAUGGUUGAGAGCAACGACUCGAAAAGCUUGGAAGAGAAAGACACACCUCCCGCUGAAGUUGUUACCAUCGAUGACAGUUCCGAUGAUGAUGAUUGCAUUGUGCUCUCUGACGAUGAGGCUGAGGAGGAAGAUGAUGACAAUGAUGAUCCUCACAAUAGUGGCAUGCAUGUCAAAGACGAAUUCAAUGUUCCGGAUCACUUAGGACGCGUUGUCAUCAAUGUUGGUCAUCCAGAUGAUGAGGAGGACAUAUUCAUAGCUCCCCAAAUAGCCCGCACUAUUAAACCCCAUCAAAUAGGUGGGGUUCGUUUUCUAUUCGACAACAUUAUCGAGUCUCCCAAACGUUUCAACGAUUCUGGAGGCUUUGGCUGCAUUUUGGCGCACUCUAUGGGUUUGGGCAAAACUCUGCAGGUCGUUUGUUUCUGUGAUAUAUUCCUUAGGUACACGCCUUCCAAGUAUGUCGUUUGCGUCAUGCCCAUUAACACAUUGCAAAACUGGAAUGCCGAAUUCGAUAUGUGGAUUCCUAAGUACUCGGACAAUCCCGAGUACAUAAGGCCUCGAGAAUUCGAUGUAUUUGUACUUAAUGACCAGCAGAAGACGCUUACAGCCAGAGCCCGCAUCAUUCUGCAGUGGAAAGAGAAAGGAGGGGUCCUACUAAUAGGCUAUGAACUGUUUCGCCUGCUGGCUCUCAAGCUGAGCUCGGCCGGAAAGCGUCGCAGCAAGAAACAAAUGAAUAUGGACAACAAUGAUUCUCGCAGUCCCCUUAUGGACGAAGUCUACGAAGCUUUAGUUAAGCCUGGGCCGGAUUUAAUCAUCUGUGAUGAGGGACAUCGCAUCAAAAAUGCCCAGGCCGGUAUAUCUCAGGCUCUCAAACAAAUUCGCACGCGUCGGCGCAUUGUGCUCACCGGUUAUCCUCUGCAAAACAAUCUGCUGGAAUAUUGGUGUAUGGUGGAUUUUGUUCGCCCCAAUUACUUGGGUACACGCACCGAGUUCUGCAACAUGUUCGAGAGGCCCAUACAAAAUGGGCUUUGUGUAGAUUCUACACCUGAUGAUAUAAAACUGAUGCGUUUUCGUGCCCAUGUGUUGCACUCUUUGCUAGUGGGCUUUGUACAAAGGCGUUCACAUACGGUGCUGCAACAAUCGCUGCCGGAAAAACAGGAAUAUGUUAUACUAACACGCAUGUCGGAGUUGCAGAAGCAGCUAUACGAUACCUUCAUGAAUGACAUUGUGCGCACAAAGAAUGUCCCGAAUCCUCUGAAGGCUUUUGCGGUUUGCUGUAAGAUAUGGAAUCAUCCUGAUGUAUUGUACGAUGCUAUGAAAGCUGCUGAAACCGGCAUGGAUAUGGAUAUCGAGGGAGUAGAUGAAGUUGAUACAUUGGCUCCACACCCACCGCAUCCAAAAACUACAGCAACGGCAAAUAUGCAUAAGAAUGGCUUCCCACCUCCCGUUCCGGGACUACCACCACCUGCUGUGCAGCAACAAAGUCUGUUGUCAACUUCAAGCUCAUUAGUAGAGAACGGUUCAAAUGGUAUCACAGUUUCCAAUGACAACUCCAACUCUAACUCAAUGCCCAAAGCCCAAUUUUUAGAUCAAAAUGAAAUGCCAAACCCUACACAAGUGACAAAUGAAGUGGCGAUUGCAGCAAAUAAGCAAAAUAAUUUCCAAAGUCCCUCACUUUUUUCCGAUUUAAAUCAAUAUGAAAAUUCCUCAAUGAAUAGCAGUGGCAGCGGUGGCUACCACCAGGAUUUACAACCCAAUUAUUUUUCCUAUCCCACCAUGAUGCACACCAUGGGUAGUCCUCUAAAGCCAAAUUAUGUUGGUUGCAUGCUAAAACAAACACAAGGUGGUGCCCCGGGUGAAACCACUGCCUUAGAAGAUAGUCUAAAUUCAUCAUCGGAAAUUGUCGACUUGGAUACCAAUGAAAUCAAAACUAUUGAAACCGAUAUUGAUAUGGACAAAAACAUAUCGUUAGACAGGGCGACGUCGACAACAGGAGUAACAGGAGCUGGCAUUGAGAGUUCCACCGAUACAUCAUCCAGCAUGCACAAUGAAACUGAGACGAAAUCGGAAACGGGAAGUGUUGUGAGUAGCUCCAUAGCCACCACCGAAAGUAAUGAUGUUGAUCAAAAGAAAGGUCCCGAAAAAAUUACCUACGACUGGGCCACCAAAUUUUUUAAGAAAUAUGAACCCGGCCUCAUAGUGAAUUCUCCCAAAAUGGAAAUAUUUUUUUGCAUACUCAACGAAAGCGUACGCAUUGGUGAUCGCGUUUUACUAUUUAGCCAAAGUCUCUUGACAUUGAAUGUAAUAGAGAAAUUUCUGCAGACAACAAAUAUGCCGGGCUCCACGGAAUCAUGUUGGUUGUACAAUACGCACUACUUUCGUUUAGAUGGCUCCACCACAUCUCAAGAGCGAGAAAAGUUGGUCAAUGAAUUUAAUUCGAAUGAAAAUGUUAAAUUGUUCCUUAUUUCAACUAAAGCUGGAUCUUUGGGUAUAAAUCUAGUUGGAGCUAAUCGUGUUAUCAUUUUUGAUGCCAGUUGGAAUCCAUGUCACGACACACAAGCCAUUUAUCGAAUUUACAGAUAUGGGCAAAAACGUUCCUGUUUCGUUUAUCGCUUGGUCAUGGAUAAAUGCCUGGAAAAGAAAAUCUAUGAUCGUCAAAUAAAGAAACAAGGCAUGUCCGAUCGUGUGGUCGACGAGUGUAAUCCCGAUGCUCAUUUAUCUAUUAAAGAUGUCACAAAUCUCUGCUACGAUUAUGAUGACGAUGAUGAGAAUAAGACAACAAAUAGCGGGGACUUCUCAAAGCCUUUAGAAUCAUACACAGACACAAUAAUGAAAAUAAUACUGACGGAAUACAAGACGCAUCUAACAAAACAGCCGUUCUUUCAUGAGAGUCUGCUGGUGGACCGCAAGAACGAUAAAUUGUCGCAGGCAGAAAAAAGGCAGGCGCAUCGAAGUUAUGAAAUGCAAAAGAAGACUUCGUCAAAGACUGCAAUCUAUUCAACUACGGGAAGGAGUCCAUAUCAGACAGUACGCCCAAUACAAAAUAGAACAACAACCACUCAAAAGCAUAGUAGCGGCUUAAGAUCAACGCGUUGGAUACCAGCGGAAGUUUGGCAAAAGCAAGGCAUGACUGCCCAGGAAAUGUCAUUACCCUUGGAUGUGGUUAUACCCACUAACUCUAGCAAUAAAUCAAAAAUUAUUAUCAAGGCUGGGCAACGUGUUAUGGUAUUGAAAUCCGCCAAAGGCAUAUACAUGCAAUUGGAUAGUGGAAAAAUUAUUGCCAUCAGAACCUUAAAUAAGCCAAAUGUUCCCAGUACAGAGAAAAGUGAUGUCAUAGAUAUCACUGGAGAAUCCGAUUCAAUAACAAGCAGAGAUUCCAAGACUGAAAAGUCCGAUAGCGAUACUACAACAACAUCAACAAUUGCACCCUCACCUAAAGAUCCUUCAAAUGCAAUGGAAACCACAACAACGAAACACCCAACAAACGUUGUUGAAACACGACUUGAAUCAGGAGCUUCUGCAACUGCAUCGACAUCAUCAUCAUCAUCGAACUCAAAACAAAUGGAUUUAUUCAAUAGUUCAACAAAUACGGAUACAAAUUUGUAUAAAACUAAGAACUCAUUGGAAAAGGAUAGUAAAACAUUGACACGUGCAGCUGACAAACCAGAGACAACAACUACAAGCUUCCAACAACGGCUACCUUUGUCACAGCAGCAGCAGCCACAGCAACAGUCGCAAACAGCGCAGCCACAAAAUCCUCAUAUUCCUCAUACUCAAACGCUUAAUGAACAACACCAGCUUCAGAAUGCCCACAAUCAACAACCGAUUGCUACCCCUCACACAAAUGCUCCCCCCCUAAUGCAUUCCCAAACUCCUACUACAUAUACACCACAUCAACCCUAUAAUUUUUAUUCUCAACACCAAAAUCCUCGCAGCUCACAGCUUUAUUCUUCUAGGGGUGCCGAAAUCAGCGCCAGCUUCCAUCAGCCAACAACGCAAUUUAGCGAUUACCCUACCUACGGAUCUCAUCAGCCACAUCAAAGUUCACGCUACCAUCCAAGCAAUUCAUCACAUAGCGAUUUGGCAGCAUCCUCCUCCUCCAGCCAUGGCCAUGCACUAGCGGCGCAUCCCCAUCCACAUGCACAAUCGAUAUCGGAUUUCUAUUACUAUCCCCAGUGGUCGUCAUUCAUGUUGGCCUCACCCUCCACAAACAAUGAGAGUCCACAUUUAAUGCACAACAGUAACGCUGCCGCAGCCGCCGCCACAUAUCCUCCCAUACCGCCUCCAACACAUGCACAUUCCCAUCAUGCUAAAGUGCAGCCAAACACGCAUCAACAGUGGCAACAGCAUUAUCAUCCAUAGUAAUUAUAACAAUAAUUUGCCAAUGCUAAAUGAUAGGGCCUAUCUUAUUUAAUAAAGCAAAAAACAAAAAGAAUUAUACAAAUAGAAAUGCAUACAACAUUAACAAAAACAAAACAAACAAAAAAAAAGAACAAAACAAAAGUACAUUAAACAAGAAUAUAAAAAAUCUUAAACGCAUUCGUACACUUUGCAACUCCAGUGUACGUGUCUUUAACUUUUAAUUAAUAUUGAUUAUUAUAAUAAGAACAACAACAACAACAAAAACAUAUUUAAAAAAAAACGGAAGGAAAGCGAGAAAAAAAUCAAAUAGUUUAGCAAUAAUUAAAAUGAAUUAAAUAAAGUAUAAUUUUAGAAGAUAA